GCGCAGCGCAGAGGGUGUGUCUGCAGCGUCUGUGGCGUUUCUUCCAGGAAGCAGAGUUUUUUUCCUCAUGUUGAAGUCAGUCGUUCACGAGAGUUAAAGUGUUGCCAGUUCGGCGGAAACUUUCUCGCUGCCAUGUCGGAUUUUCUGGACCGGUCCGCGAAGAUCCACUUGUUGAAGGAGCCGGUGGUGAAGAGGCUCUGCGAGCUGCUGGACAGGUCCAGUAGCAAAGGAUGGCGAAGACUGGGAGAGAUAGUCAUCAGUGACAGACGGUUUAAAGUCAGCUCAGACGACAUGGAGAUGUGCUCCCUGACGGUGCUGAAGCUGGAGGGCAGCCCGAGCCGCAUGCUGCUGAGGCUGAUGGGGGACCGGGGCUGCACCGUGGGCCACCUGACGGACUACCUGCACGCGCUGGGCAACGCCGAGGCGCUGCACUGCCUCAAGCCCUCAGCCCUGCAGGUCCUCAUCCAGCCCCAGUCGGUGGCUCUCGUGUCGGGCCACAACCUGCGCCUCAGCUGCCACGCUGUGGGCAAGUCUCCGGUUCAGUACCAGUGGUUCAAGACCAAGGAGGAGGUGCCGAACAGCUCCUGUCCGGACCUGGUGAUCAGUCCAGUCCAGCAGAAGGACGCAGGCUUUUACAUCUGCAGGGUCAACUGUGGAGACAGCUUUGAGUUCAGCCAGUGGGCUCAGGUGGACGUGCUGAACGUGGCCAUGUCUUACGCACCGGGGCACAGUUACCAGUCUCUGGAGGGUCGGAUGAAACUGGUGAUCCAGCCUCAGCCCCAGCGCCUUUACGUCGGGGACGCGCUGCAGCUGGAGUGUGGCGCCGUGGGCCGGCCCAUCCCGCGGUACCAGUGGCACAGGAACGGCGCUCCGGUCCCCAACGGCACGAAGAGGAAGCUCACGGUUCCACACGUGAUGCAGGAUCACGGCGGCCGCUACCGCUGUGAGAUCAGCAGCAGCAGCAGCGAGCGGCUGUGGACCAACGAGGUGGACGUCGCCGUAGGUAAGCCACGCCCCCAAAGCGCCGCUGCUCGCGCUGUUGUCUCUGCGUCUGAUGACCGUGUGCUCUGUUCUCGACUGAAAGCACCGGGGGUAGCGGUGCAGAUUUCAGAGGCGGUGGAGUGCUCUGAAGUCGACGUUUACGCCAUUGGAGGAGCUUCCAGUGAACUUUUCCUGAAUAGUAUUCCAGAAAAACUUUACGCGACUGACAAAGUGGCCCUGCUGAUCGGUAAUCUGUCCUACCAGAACCACCCGCAGCUCAAAGCUCCCAUGGUGGACGUGUACGACCUCACCAACCUUCUGCGGCAGCUCAACUUCAAGGUGGUCUCACUGCUGGACCUCACGGAGUCCGAGAUGAGAAACGCAGUGGACGAGUUCCUGCUGCUGCUGCACAAAGGAGUCUAUGGUCUGCUGUACUACGCUGGUCACGGAUAUGAAAACUACGGCAACAGCUUCAUGGUUCCGGUGGACGCCCCGAACCCGUACCGGUCGGCCAACUGCUUAUGUGUGCAGAGCAUCCUGAAGCUGAUGCAGGAGAAGGAGACGGGCCUGAAUGUGUUUCUGCUGGACAUGUGCAGGAAGAGGAACAUUCAUGACGACAGCACCCCCAACGUCGUGCUCAGGGUUACGGCCAACAUUGUGUUUGGAUACGCAACCUGCCAGGACGCGGAGGCCUUCGAGUUGAGCUCCAGUGGCUUCACUAACGGCGUGUUUGUCAAGUUUUUGAAAAAGCGGCUGCUGGACGACGAGAAGAUCACCGUGGUGCUGGACAGAGUCGCAGAAGACAUGGGCCAGUUCAACGCUACCAAGGGGAAGCAGGCUCUGGAGAUCCGCAGCAGCCUGUCGGAGAGGAGGGCGCUGACCGAUGCCAUCAUGCCCAGUGACAACGUGGCCCACGCCCACAGCCGGCAGUGGGCGAAGGCCCACGAGCUUCCUGAGACCAUGUGUCUCAACUUUGACUGCGGCGCUCGCAUCAAGUUGGGUUUCGCCGCCGAGUUCUCCAACGUCCUCGUCAUUUACACUUACAUCAUUAAGAAACCUGAGGAGAUGUCGUUCUGCCAAGCGCACGUCACUGACUUCUCACAGGACCUUGAUGUGGAUCCUAAAGAGAUGAACAGAGAGACUCCAGAGGAGACGGGGAUCUACCUCCUGUCCAGCAGCCUGCCACAGCACUGCCUCUACACCAGACUGAGCUCCCUGCAGAAGCUCAAGGAGGAGCUGGUCUUCACUGUCUGCCUUCAGGGCACCUUUGCAGCCAUGGCUGACGAUCCUGUCCACUGGACCAAAAGCAUCAACAUUGGAAAGCCUCUGAUUGCUCGACUGGACCUGCACCGGGCGAUGCGAAGGAACAGCUGCCUGCAAACCUGCCUGAUGCCCCACAGCCCCUCCCACAGUCCCUGCCACAGCCCCGGGCCCGACCACUGCCACCUCCUUUACGGGUCACACUAUGCCCAGGACCACAGCCGUCUCUCCCCGCAGCACCACUACCUGGAGGUGGGCGACAGCGCUCCGGGUGCGAUGGGCGGCUCCUUCUAUGAGAACCUCAGCCAGUGUCGCUAUGACCCAAUGUAUGACUCAGGCGGCGGGCUCUCCAGCUCCCCGGGCAGGCUCAGCAUCCCCAUAGAGGCCAGCGAUGACAUCACUGAGCUGCAGACGGUCUUCAUAAACAGCCUGCACCUGCAGCAGCAGUGAAAGCAAGCCUCAAACAAGAAGAUUUUAAUGUAUCACAAAUACUGCUGCUGUUUUUGUUACAAGUUGGGACUUUUAUUAUUAUUAUAAUUAAUAAUUAUAAAGCAUUAUUUUUGUAUAUUAUCAGAAAAAUUGAGAAGAUAUAUUUAGUUUUUAGGCAGAAAAUUUAACCUACUAAUUCGUGUCACAGUUGCUGUAUUAUAGUAUUAUCAUUAUUCCAUUAAAUACAGAUUUACUGUAAUGAUUGGAGUUUAAGAUAGAGGAGAUAAACAGUGGAGCAGCCUGCUUCAUAUGACAGCUCACCUUUAUCUAAGUGAUGAUAGACGGUGAACAUAAGCUGAGCAGGAGCUCCCUCUGCUGUACAGCUGCAUUAACAGCUCUGUUCAGUCAUUUUGAAAGCUGAAACAAAAUACGGACGUGAAUGCAGUGAACAACCUGGACUAUAAACAGGUUCUGGUUGCUUCCUGCAGAAUUCCCUGUUCUUCUGUAGCUUCUACAUUACUGUCACUUCUUAGGAGGUGUACUUUUUUAUGUGACUGUAAAACAUUAGUGCCAUAGAUGUGUGUAGCUAUCUUUUAAAGUUAUUAUUCUUCAGUUUUUGCGUUGGAGGCGCUUUGUGUUUUAGCUGCCAGCCUCUGUCUGGUGGUACUGUAGAACAGUAGAACGCCUCUCUCCUUUUGUUAUGAGCCUCUGGGAUUCCCCUAUUAGGCAGAGGAUUUUUGACCCUGCUUCCUACUGAACCAUAAAACUUUCCAUUAUAGUUCAGGGGAAGUUCCUUUACCUGGAUUUCUCCACCACAUGAUGCAACAGUUUGCUGCAAUCACUUAAAUCUUUUUUGCAGCAUUUGAUCCCAGUUUCCUGUUUAAUAGGAAACAGUAAAUGAAGAACUGAUUAAUCCGAUAUUUGGGGUUUGUUCAAAUGUAACUAACAAAAAUGUUUGUUUCGUAUUGAUACGAGGAAACCAAGUCUGACAGUUAUCGUUACUCAAAGCAGUUUGUCCAACAUGACUGACAGAAUUAAACUGUUUGAGUUUUCA